AUGGGGACACAGGGACUAUGGAACUAUCUGAAUAAACAUGGUCUUUGCUCGGCUCCUCCUAGUGUAACGGGUGACACCUCCAUUAUUACGCCUGACCACCUGCUGCUUGACAUGAAUGGCAUCGUACACGGGGCCAUUGAAGGACCUCAUUUUUUGUCCAUGCAAACCAUCCAGGAUGUUCUGUUAUCCGUGAAGCGUCUUUUGCGCCUGUUUCCACCAAAGAAGACGCUUGUUCUUGUUUUUGACGGCGCAGCGCCAACGGCGAAGCUCAAAUUACAAAAAGAACGGCGUGCCACCAUGAGGGCACCUCAAAAUGCACUGAAACCCCCUUCUUCGGCGACGCAGUUAAAAUACAAUUACGACUAUGAGGGAACGCCGAUACGUUUAUUUCGGGAAGAGGUUGUCUCGGGUUCGGAGUUUCUUCUGGCGUGUGAAGAUGCUUUAAGGAAGGCACUCAUGUCGAGUGAUGGGGAUGAUGCUGACCGUCUGCCAGGAACAUUUUUGGGUGAAUAUGCGGUCAUUAUAAGUGGCUGUGAGGAUGCAGGAGAGGGAGAGCUAAAAAUAUCGUCCAUGAUCCGAACGCUUUGGAUUGAGCAGAAACGAACAGAAACAUACACCGGAGAUGACGUGAUUGUCGUUGUGAGCAAUGACUCAGACCUGGCGUUGAUUGGUAUCGCAUGUACACCGUACCGUCAAUACUACAUGGUAGAUCCCGUUGAUUACUGUGUCACUGCUAUUGCUGAGCUUUUUGAGCACUGGAGAAAGGGUGCAGCAAACGGACUUCUACCGCUUGAGCUUUUACCCUCAUACCGCAUAGACUUUGUGUUUCUUAUGCUGCUUAGUGGUGGUGACUGGUACCAGGGCGUUGCUGGACGCAGUAUCCUUCUUUGGCGCCGAUACCGCGAGCUUCGACUUAAUGGUGGAUACUUCAGAAGAUCGAUAAUACAUGGCGAAGACUUUAACGUGGAUGUUGAGUUUCUCCGCAGUGUUAUGAGUGUGAAGGAUUCUAUACAUCAAAAGGUGCGUCAGUCAAAGAUCAAGCAGGCCACGAUACGAGGGGACUCAUCCCUGUCAAAGCAGUCUGUGGAGACUGGAGUUGAUCUGUUAAAAGGCGCCAUGUGGGCCCUGAAAUCGAUUGUGCUCGGGCACUGCUUUGACUACGAGUUUCGCGUGUCCACCAUAUGUCCCACACUGGGGAUGCUGAAGGCCGCCAGCUUUGUAAAGGGAGUGGAGAAACGUAUUCGGCCUGAAUCAAAGGCUCCGCUUCCUCUUUUGUCCCCCUUGGAACAGUGCGUGGCGGUGAUGGGGAUGCGUGGGCGAUAUUCUGAGGAGAUUUUGCGUGCGCUGACCACCGUGUGCCCAGAUGGCGGUAAAAAACUAACGAAUUCUCAAUCGGUUCCAUAUCUUCUUUCACAAGUGAGGCUUUUAAUGGCCUCUGUAGAUCGCGACAAACUCACCGCGGCGGAACGCGAGUUGCUCAAGGUGCAGCAUGCGGACGUGCUUGAGAAGGGAGGUGUACUGCAGGACGCUGUCACAUUCAUGAGCUACGCGUACAGCUCUCCAUCGUGUGAAUGA